AUGGAUUCCGAUAUGGAACACGCAGAUAUUGAGUAUGACGAGGUAAAAGUUGAUAAUGAGAACGAAUGUGCUGAAAUAAUCGAUGAACCUAAUGUCGGAAUGAUAUUUUCAUCUGGAGAAUACAUUUUGUCUUACUAUAUGAAGUAUGGUAAGCAUGAGGGAUUUGGGGUGUGUAAACAAAAUUCUAAACAAGAUGAUGACGGUAAUGUUAGAUGGUUUACCUUAGUAUUUGUGAGGGAAGGCACAUCAAAGAGUAAGGCUACUAAUGUGCUCAAGGCAAGACAAACGGAUAAAAUAGGGUAUAUGGUCAAGAUUAAUGUGACGAUGAAUGAUGAAGGUGUAUAUAUCCUGACUAAAGUAAACUUGGAGCACACACACAUUUGUAGUCCGGGAAAGGCAAGAUAUUUCAAAUGUUUUAAGAAGAUUGAUACUCAUGUAGUUAAAAGACUUGAAAUAAAUGAUGAGAUAGAAAUACAAAUGUCAAAUAAUUUCAAGUCUCUAGUUGUUGAGGCGGGGGGUUACGAUAAACUAUCAUUCGGGGAGAAUGAGUGUCAAAACUAUAUUGACAAAGAAAGACAACUUCGUCUCGGGGUUGAUGGCGUUGAAGCUCUAUACGCCCAAAGUAGAGGUAUGUAUGAAUUAUUUGGAGAUGUGAUUACAUUUGACAAAACAUACCUGACUAAUGCCUACAAGAUGCCUUUUGCACCAUUUGUGGGUGUGAAUCACAAUGGUCAGUCAAUCAUAUUCGGGUGUGAAUUGAUAUCCAAUGAGGAUGCACAUACCUUUGAGUGGUUGUUUAAGUCAUGGUUGAAGUGUAUGAAGGACCAACCACCAAGUGCAAUUAUCACAUACCAAGACAAGGCAAUACAAAUUGUAAUUGCUAGGGUGUUUCCAGCGUCUAGACAUCACUUCUGCUUGUGA